ACAUCAUCUCUCUCUCUCUCUUUCUCUCCAUUCUCCUCCAUUUUUGCAAAGUCUGAAACUUUUAACCAAACCAGGAUGGGAGAUGUACUAACAGAGGAACAGAUUGCUGAAUUCCAAGAAGCCUUUUGCUUAUUCGACAAAGAUGGGGAUGGAUGCAUAACGAUGGAGGAACUAGAGAUUGCGAUGAGAUCGGUAGAUCACCACCAUCCAUCGGAGGAAGAACUGCAGAACAUGAUGGCAGAAGUUGAUGCGGAUGGGAAUGGAACUAUUGAGUUUGGGGAGUUCUUGAGCCUUAUGGCAAGAAAGAUGAAGGAAGCUGAAGCUGAAGAAGAACUGAGGGAAGCUUUCAAGGUGUUUGACAAGGACCAAGAUGGUUAUAUUUCACCUAAUGAGCUGAGGCAUGUAAUGAUCAACUUAGGAGAGAGACUCACAGAUGAGGAGGCAGAGCAGAUGAUUAGAGAAGCUGAUUUGGAUGGAGAUGGUCAAGUUAAUUACGAAGAAUUUGUCAGAAUGAUGUUAGCUGUUUGAUCUGAUUAAUAUUGUUUAAUUACAUACACAAUAUAUAUAUAUAUAUAUAUGUAUUUGCCAUCAAGUAGU